CAGAGGCCGCUAAGGUUUCACUGUAAAGCACUUUAAUCAGCAGUUCAUUCACUAGAGAGAGAGAGCGGGGGGAAGUGAGGAGAGAUGGAGGGAGAGAAGGGGAAGAAGAAGAGAGUGAUGGUUACCUUUGAUGUGGACGGAACCCUAAUUCGGAGCAUCGGAUCCUCCUCCAAUCGUCUCCAUCGCCUGGCUUUCUCCCACGCUUUUCUCUCCGUCUUCAACAUUCCUGAUUCCACCAUUGAUGUCCUUCAGCAUCAUGGUCAAACAGAUCCCCUUAUUCUGGUGAACACGUGCGUGCACUAUGGCAUCCCUUCUGAUGUUGCUACUGAAAGAUUACCAGAUUUGAAGUCAAAGAUGAUUGAGUAUGCCAAGGAACACGCCAAAGAUAUAGGUGAAGGCCUUGAAGUUCUUCCUGGGGUCACUUCUUUGCUAGAGGCUUUAUCUUCAAAUAAUGUGGCUAUUGGCUUGGUUACUGGUAAUUUGGAAGAGAUUGGAUGGAUGAAGAUGGAGGGACUGGGUAUUCAACAAUAUUUCACAGUUCCAAAUUUUGGAGGAUUUGGAAGUGACCACACAGAUCGAGGAGAACUUGUGAAGAUUGCUGCUGCUAGGGCUGAGAAGCAGUUUCCUGGAGGAUUUGAUUUGCGUGUCCACAUUGGAGACACGCCUAAUGAUAUUCGAGCUGCUGAAUAUGGAGGAGCUUUAGCAGUAGGGGUGUGCACAGGGGUAUUCUCAGGAGAGGAGCUGAAGCAGGCAAGCAAUGGUAGUGCCAUUAUCCUCGCAGAUCUUAAAGAUACCGCAUCUUUCCUAAGGUUACUGGGCGUUGACGGCUGAUAUCUUCACUCUGUAUAAUAUUGAUAAAUGAUGUUUUAAUCCUUGUGUCUUCUCUCUGUAUAACAUUGAUAAAUGAUGUUUUAAUCCUUGUGUCUUCUCUUGAGCUGAAGACUUCAGUUUAUUAUUUUCAUUGAAGUUCUCUGAAGAUUAUUUGAUUUGUAUUUGUAGUAUAAGAUGUUUACGAACAAUAUGUGGUGUUAAGUCUGUUA